AUGCGCCCAUUCCCAGCGAUAUUCACGCAGCCACCAGCUGUCUUCGCGCCGAUACUAGGCCAUCGCAUCGCCAACGAUGCACAUCCUUCCAUCCUUCCACCCCCCCGCACCAACGGCGGCGGCGGCGGUAGCAACAACACCAGCAGCAGGAAGGCCGCCGCCGACGACCGCAAAGAAGACAACCGCAGCCGAACAAACACCACCUCUUCUUCCUCGCCGCUGCGACCCGUGAGGCAGCAACAAGAAAGGCCGUCGUCGUCGUUGUCGUCCGCGACGACGGGGGACGACAUCACAUCGAUCGAGGCCAUCGCGCUGCACCUGCGGGAGAACCACGAAUGCGCGCAUGCGGACUGGUCCUUCGUGCGCGGGCGGCACCGGUGCGAGGAGUGCGGCGACGCGCUGCCGCUGUUCAUCUUCGAGUGUCGGCAGUGCAUGUUGCACGCCUGCAAUCGGUGUAGGCGGAAUAGGCUGUGA